UCGGCCAUUUUUGUUGCGUCGACGUCAAGUGUGGCCAGAGGCCUUUCAUAGUAGCCAGUCUUCGAAUUUCCUUUGCAUCGAAGUAGAGACAGGCAGAAACUGUAAUUAUAAUUACUCGACUUAAUCGACAAGUUUCGUUCGUAGAUCAGCAGGGAACGGAAGGAGAGAGAAUAGGAACGAACAAUUGAAAUUUUUUGCUUGGUGAUUGCCUAGGCGAGAAACAGCUAGAGAGCUUCUGCGGCAGAGCCACGAAAAAUACGCACCGAGGCGGAGUAAUAUGAGUAAUGCAGCCAACCAGAAUGGAUCAGGUCUAGAGCAGCAGUUAGCUGGUCUGGACUUGUCGGGCUCCCGCCAACCAAGCAGGGACCGCUACGUACCACCACACCUACGAAAUAAAUCUGGAAGUAACGCGCCUUCUGGCAGAGAUCAACAUUCUUCUUCCAACUCAAGAUCAUUUCCCGAAAGAGAGAGAGGAGGUGAUCGCGUGCAUGAAAGGGAAAGGGAACGGGAUCGUGAUGGGGAUAGAGGUGGUUCAGGAUUCAGAGAGCCACGUAAUUCCCGCGACGUCGAUUUUGGAAACUUUGGAAAUUUUGGUGGACGCAAUAGACGUAGUGCCAAUCAAGAAAAUGGAAGAGACUAUAGAUACUCGAAUUCCGAACGUGAGCGAGAACGCGAUCGCCCGGUUAGCUCCAGUUGGAAAGACCCUAGAGCCACAGGCAGCUGGCAAGAGAACAGAAACGAUCAUAGAAUGGGCGGCAGCAGUGGCGGCAACAGAGGAUGGAACAACGAUAGAGAGGGGGGUAGAAGAAACUCCGAGAAUGAUUGGACAAUUCCUACUGGAAGAGACGAGCGACUGGAGGUGGAGCUGUUCGGUACUGGGAAUACUGGUAUUAACUUUAGUAAAUAUGAGGAUAUCCCGGUUGAGGCUACCGGAGACAACAUACCAACACACAUUUCAUCUUUCGACGAGGUUAAGCUGACAGAGAUAAUAAAGAACAGCAUCACUUUGGCUGGUUAUGAUAAGCCUACACCAGUACAAAAAUACGCGAUACCAAUUAUUAUUGGUCGUCGCGAUGUUAUGGCCUGUGCCCAAACUGGGUCUGGUAAAACAGCGGCCUUUUUAGUGCCAAUAUUAAAUCAGAUUUAUGAAAGUGGGCCAAUUCCACCACCACCACACGUCAAUUCCUCUGGCAAGCGUAAACAAUAUCCGCUGGGUCUGGUACUAGCACCCACAAGAGAGCUCGCCACUCAGAUAUAUGACGAAGCAAGGAAAUUUGCGUAUAGAUCGCGUAUGCGUCCUGCUGUUGUUUAUGGUGGUUCGAAUAUUUCAGACCAAAUGCGAGAAUUAGAUCGUGGCUGCCAUCUUCUUGUAGCAACACCUGGUCGCCUUGUAGAUAUGCUGAGUCGCGGCAAAAUUGGUUUACACAAUUGCCGAUAUUUAGUAUUGGAUGAAGCAGAUCGUAUGUUGGAUAUGGGUUUCGAACCACAGAUCAGACGCAUAGUCCAAGAGGAUAGAAUGCCUCCAACCGGGGAAAGGCAGACACUUAUGUUUUCAGCUACGUUCCCGAAAGAGAUACAGAUAUUGGCAAGGGAUUUCCUUAGUAACUAUAUCUUUUUAGCCGUGGGCCGUGUCGGUUCUACAUCUGAAAAUAUUACUCAGAAAAUCGUAUGGGUGGAAGAACACGACAAGCGUUCUUAUUUGCUUGAUCUUCUUCAAGCUAGCGUUUUCUCAGACGCUUCCGAGUCAUUGACUUUGGUAUUUGUGGAAACGAAGAAGGGCGCCGAUAUGUUAGAAGAAUAUUUGCAUCAAAUGGGAUAUCCGGUUACCAGCAUUCAUGGUGAUCGUACUCAGCGCGAACGAGAAGAUGCUUUACGCCGUUUCCGUGCUGGUAAAGCGCCAAUACUUGUUGCAACUGCCGUUGCUGCUCGUGGACUUGAUAUUCCGCAUGUUAAACAUGUGAUAAACUUCGAUUUACCAGGCGAUGUAGAAGAGUAUGUCCACCGGAUCGGUCGUACUGGUCGCAUGGGCAAUUUAGGUCUUGCAACGUCAUUUUUCAAUCACAAAAAUCAUAAUUUGGUGCGCGAUUUGGUGUCUCUGCUUAUCGAGGCUAACCAAGAACUUCCAACAUGGUUGGACGAAAUGUUCGGUGAUUCAGUAAGAUAUUCUGGAAGUGGAUCUCGACGUACUGGUGGUGGUGGUGGUGGUGGUGGUAGUACUAAAGGCCGAUUUAGUAGCGGAUUUGGUGCAAGAGAUUAUCGUCAGCAACCUAGUUCCGGACCUACACGUAACAGUGGUCCCUCCAACAGAUCAGGCAGUUACGGAGGAAAUUACGGAAAUUACGGAGGUAAUUAUAGUAAUUCAUCGUAUAAUAGUUCUGCUAACAACGGCAGCAAUAUUGGCCCCGAUUGGUGGGAGACAUGGCAGAAGUAAAUCACCAUCAUCUCAAUUUCCACUUUUACCAUUAUUACUACUGUACACGUAAAUUCAAAUAUAUGUAAGAAAGACACGUACGACAUACACAUCGGAUACAACACGCACGUAUCUGCGCGCGUAUUACAUAUACACAACAAAGGACAGACAGUAUCACGUAUAAACACAUCACGUUCGCUGACUGCCUGAGCACUACAAUUUUUCAAACGAAAAAAGAAAAUUGUGUUUAUUCAAUUCCACAAAUACCUUUAUUCGCGUGUGACGAAACGUUGGUAAAUCUUGAGUGCGAUUCCAGCAUCGAUAUCUACGGAAACGAAUCGGAAUAACGUGGAAGAUAAUGAUCUCGUUUUUUUCAAAGCACUCUAAGAAUCAUCAGGAUUUUGUCUGGUACUAUAUACAGAUACAUACGAGAUCCAUCCAAAGUUUCGUUGCCGUGCGUGUUGAGGAACACAAGUAGUAUAAUCACUAAUGAAUCAAAUCGUAAAUGUCUAGAUAGGACGUUACGAUACAACACAUAGUAGGUGGAGAAACUUAGUGAAAUUUUUUAGAACUCCUGUCGAAAACUAUGGGGCUCGUUGUGGCUUCAUUAUUUAAAUUUUUGGAGGAUGUGAUGGGCGUAUCUUCGAGAAUUGUGGCGUCUAGAUUCAAGUAAUCCACAUAGCUUUAAAUGCACAAGUGCUUUAUGACUAUUGCCUGAAUGGCCAGUAACUUGUGUAGUUUGGUUUAAACUAAUGGCGCCAUUUCUCCUUCUUUUUUGUUUUGUUUGUUUCUUUUUCAUUUCUUUGAUGUAAUGCAUAUAUGUAACUAGGCGCCUAGGAUACGCCAUAUCGCCAUCGCCAUAGAUUUUGUGACGAUUCCUGUUUUAAAUUUACUAUAGUCCAGCGACGAAUGGUACUUUGUUGUUUUGCCGUCCCCAGACACAGACGACGUUGCGCCGGCAAUAUUAUAUGGUGUAAUCGACUAAAUCGCGAUUGAAAAUUUUCAAUAGUCGACAACAUUGAUACUACGAAAAGGACACACAGGCUGCGUCUUAGGCUACUUUUAGAAAUCCCGUUUCGUAUUUCCCGUCUCGUUUCCGUUUACAAUAAGUAUGUUUAAACGUCAGACGCUGUAAACUUAUUGCUUGUCUUUAAUUUAAUUCGAGGAGUUUAUUUUUUAUUUAAAACAUUGGUCACUGUGUCUAGAAUAGGCUGAAACGUUUCAGCGAAUCUAUUGGGGUAUAUUUGUUGUACCUGAAUUUUUAAUGUAUUCUAAUUAGAAUUUCUAAACGUAACGAAGACGUUGUCCUGUAAAAAUGGUAUGGUGCGUUAUAAGAAUCUUAAAUCGCAGUACUGGAUGCGAGUGCUCUAGAACGAAAGCUAACAUUAUAAGAAAUUAAAAAAGAAAAACACGGGUUAAAAAAAGAAAGAAAAAAAAAAUAAUACGGUUGCAGUUACAGAGGGGGGUGAGGGGGGGUACUUCGAAAGGGAAAAAAUAAACGAGUAAAAAAAUACAUACACUGUUAGUUGGCUCAACUUUACGAAAAAAAGAAGAAAUGAUGAAAAAUAUACAAAGAAGCAAAGCCCUUCGGGACAAGAAGGCAAAAAGGCGCACUCAUAUUUUAUAACUGUAUUUAUCAGUACGCUAUAUAUAUAUAUAUAUAUAUAUACAUACAUACAUAUAUAUACAUACUAAGUAAUAUUCGUAAAUACAUAAACAUUAAAAUAAUUGAGAAACGACUGUGAUAUCGAACGAUCUUGUGACAUUCAAUUUCCAUGCGAAUUGAUAAAUGAACAAUUUAAACGAAAUACAAAUGCUAAAUGUAUUCAUUAAACGGUAUUGAAUGUCAGGAAAGCAUAAAGCUCAGUUAUUUGAGCCGAGAGUGGGAAAUAUUAAGUCGUUAAAGUAAAUACAUCAAGAACUUACGUGGCUGUUGUCCGAUCGGGGAGGGCUGAACGCUAGCUCUUACAGUCCUGAAAACGCUGUUUUUGGGACAUUGUUUCUACUUAAAAAAAAAGAGAAAAAAAAGAAGAAAAUGUAACGCGCAUUAAAUGAUAGACGAUAACGGCGAAACGCGUCAUUACUGGUUGAUGAUGUUGGUAGGGCUUUAUAGAAUGUCGAUAUCUUUUGUGCAAACGUCGGAUUCUUACCUAAUCUAUGUGAGGAAAAGUACAAAUUCGAUUUGCGUGACAACUGACAGGAUUUUUAGACAUGUCAUACUUAUACCUGUUAUAUUAAUAGAUUUAUAGUGCAAUCGCGUGCGUGAAUCGUAUGCCGUGUGACCGUGGACCAAGGUGUGAAUGCCUCCCUAACCGGGGGAUAAUUAUUUCAACUAGAACUUUCAAAUAGUGUUACGAGUAAAUAUUGUUGGCUUCCGACCAUGGUGCGAGUGGUUUUCAAAUUCUAAUAUGAUUUUAAUUGUCGAGUUCGUUUGUCAACUCGGAGGCCCUGCCAAGAACAUUACAAGAAACCCACAAUGAGAAAGUGAUAAUCGAUCACUUUUCCGUUUAUAGAGUACAACAUUUACGGCAAUAAAUUAUUCAGUUGGACGCUUAGUCUGCCAAGAAGAUAGUAGAUCUUGCCGUAAUACUACUACUAUAUUAGUAUCACUAUUGCUAUUACUCUUAUUUACUACUAUAUUACUAUUACUAUUCAUUUUUCUUUUCUCCUUUUGAUGUCUACAUCGAUUUCGUAGAUGACACUGUAUGCGCGAGCUUUUGUAUAACAGCUAUGCUGUACUGCGUUAUGUUAUUUUACAUCGCUGUAGAAGAAAGAAAGAGUAUAGGUGACUUUUGGACACUAUUAUCCGGAAUAUUUUAAUAUAUAUAUAUUUUCUUCUUUGUUCGCAAAAUUGAUCAUUCACGGAUUCUCAAAAAAACUGACGAUUGUGUGUUUGAAAUUGAAGAGAUUCUGGAUUCUACUGUCCAAUUGACCGCCAAGGCAACGAAUACAUAUGACGCGUCGAUGUAAGUUAUUAGUCUUGUGCAGUUGGAAGUAAAUAUGUUCAUUUACGAGUAACAUGGUGGACAGAGAUCAUGCAAGUAACGACAGCUAUACGCAAAAAUAUUUUUAUACUUGUUUCUCUCCUAGUUGUAACGAUAUUUUUAUACGUAACAGUGUUGAUCGUCGAGCAGUCACGGUAUCAUUAAUUCCAUGUAUUUUUUUCGUUUCCCGUAUUACGAACGAAUCGUUUUGGUAGUCGAAAUAUUACCGACCGAAUUCAAACGAUUCCGCUAUCGUAUAUUUCAUAUAAAAAGAGAAGAAAAAAAAGUAAUUGAUAAAAUAUAUUUGUGCGAUAGUCAGAUGUCCACCGUUUCGUAACCGGUACACGUAUAAAUUCAAGUACGGCAUUAUGAUUUAGAACGUAUUAGCAUCUUUAGAGGAAAUAGGAGAAUGGUAUAUUAAACGAGACUAUUUAUUAACGUGUUAAGUAUUUAUUUUUUUUUUUUUUCCCUGUUACUUCGCUCAGAAGGACAGUCGUAUACUUGUCUGUACGAGUACCUUUAAACGUUUAUGUUUGGUCCUCUAAAGUAUGUCGGACGAGCAGCCUUAGAAAACAUUUACCGAUCUACGCAGAGUGGAACGAUAAAACAAAGAUCAAUUGUAGUGCGAGAGAGAAAAAAAAACGGGAGAGGGGCUACGAAUAAAAAUCGUAUUACAUAUUGUGUAAAAAUGAGAAAAAAAAAAGCAAAAAGAAAAAAAAUAACAAAAAAUGGCGUUUGACUGUGACUGCAAUCAUUACUACGAAAAAGAAUGCGCAAUUUACGAAAGCACACAAUACACACAAGGUAGAGAACAUAUUGUAAGCCAUAUCCGGUACGCGUAACACGUGGAAACAGUGUCGGGAAAAUUGGAGCGCGUGAAAGUGUCGCCGAAUACAAUUGUUGUCGUCGCGUGCUAUAGGUAAUAGUUUACUUUUUAUCUUUGUUUCAUACACAUUACGCAUUUUCAAAAAUUUGAACGGACACUUACGUUCGAGGAUUGCGUUCGUUCGUUUGCUCUUUCUGAAGGAAAGAAGAAACAUUUGUGUGCGCUUAUUGUGUGUGUCUACAUCAAGCUGGUUUCCGUUCACGGUGAAAAGUUUAAAAAGGACAACUAAUACUCAA